CUGCGAACUUCACUGUUCAUACAUCCAACUUGACUACGAUAACUUUCACCUGCAGUCGCGCCUAUUCUCAACAACGUUUUUCUACCAUGACAUCAUUUCCUCUCUUCUGCAACUUUCCGGUCGAGCUUCAACUCGCCAUCUGGGCUCUAGCGCUCCCCGACCCCGAACCCGAGGUCUGCAUCGCCUGGCCCCUGCAGAUCAUGGAGUUUCCCAUUGCGGAGGAAGAGCCUGCGCUUCCCUUCGUCGUCGACACUGCCUGGCCCGCCAUCGCUCACGUCUGCCGCACCGCGCGACAGGCCGCCCUCACGUCUGGAGGCCUCCGGCUGCGGUACUCCCCGAACGCGGGUUUCGCCGUGCCAUAUCGUCACUUCAUCCCGGCUAUUGACACGCUCUACUGGGGCCGGGACCAGGCCGGCGCCAUGUACAGGUUUCUCUUCAAGCCCGAAGUUGCAUCUUUCGCUCGGGAUCUGCGCCAUAUCGCCGUCGAGGUCACCGGCACUUACCCGCACGAUCAGCUGGCCGACAUCAUGCGGCUGCGGGCCGUGUUCUUGCGCACCUUAUCUUUCGUCCUGCCCAAUACCCUGGGCAACCACUCGACUACGGCGGCAUUUCUCCCGCCGGCGCGCCGGUGUAAACUGCGUGACAUCUCGUCCUCGUCUUGGGAUAAGAUCAAAUUUGCCAAAGUGACCUUUUUGCGGCCGCACGAGAGGGUGCCGAUGCCGCUACGGGAAUACCUGGCCAAACGCCGGCGGGACAUGGAAGAAAGCGUGCACAACCUGGCUGUGGUGGGGGCCGAAGGCACGGCGUGGAGCACCCGAGACGGCAGCUUCAGCGGGGUGGAGAUUAAGGCGCAGACGUUUGUCGAGUACAAGACAACGGGGUUCGAGAACAACCGCCAGGAACAGUGGGUCGAGGUGUGCCAGGAUCGGCUGCUCGGCGGCUUUGAGCUGCAGGACGCCGCGGCACCUCAUCCGCGCCGUAUCCCGGUGGCCAAGCGCAAGAACCCGGAAGAGUACCGCGUGCUCGACGACGACAGCGCCUGGUGGAGCGCCGAGGAGUUCAAGCUGUGGCUGCAGCAGACCAACUUCAGUUUCGAUCAGGAAUGGUACCGGACUAAUUAGACUCGCUCAGUCAGAGUCACCAUAUACGGUAGACACUGGUGGAUUGAGCAAAGCCAAGAUGUUCAUUUCCUUUUGAUCAGGGGGAGUGUGUGCUGGUGCAGUCAGCUGAAGUGGGACGGGCGGAUCUUCGCCGCACUCAUACCUUAGUCGGCUCCUUAGGUUGCAGGAGAAGGGA